CUUACUAGAUAUGGGAAGAGCUCCUUGUUGUGAGAAAGUUGGGUUGAAGAGAGGAAGAUGGACUACAGAAGAAGAUGAGAUCUUGUCGAAAUAUAUUCAGGCCAAUGGAGAAGGUUCUUGGAGGUCAUUGCCCAAAAAUGCAGGAUUAUUAAGGUGUGGGAAGAGUUGUAGACUAAGAUGGAUUAACUAUUUGAGAACUGAUCUAAAAAGAGGAAACAUUUCUGCUGAAGAAGAGGAUACCAUUGUAAAGUUGCACACUACUUAUGGCAACAGGUGGUCCAUGAUUGCUAGCCACUUGCCAGGAAGAACCGACAACGAAAUUAAAAACCAUUGGAAUUCUCAUCUCAGUAGAAAAAUUUACUGUUUCUCCAAAAUUUCCACAACUACAGAGACAAAGAUCAUUGAUACUCCUCCUCCUAAACGCAAAUGUGGUAGAACAAGUCGUUGGGCCAUGAAGAAAAACAAGAUUUACAAGAAACAAACCACCACUAAUAGUAACAGUAGUACUAUUGUUCAACCUGGUAUUAAAGAGAAAUUAGUUAACGACGUGGAAGUUCAAACAACACAUGAACAAGAGAAAGAGAGAACAUCAACCACAACAACGUAUGAACUAUGUGACGACAUCUUAGGAUUGAGUGAAUUAUUAGACGACAUUAAUGAAGUGAGUGGGGCGUUGUGCAUGGAAAACUGUUUGCUGGAAACAUGUGGGUCUGCUACAAAUUUAAGUGAGGAGAGAGAAACAAUGGAGGAAAAUGGAAGAGCAAUGAAUGAUGAUGGUGAUGUGUGUAUUAAUUAUAAGCAGGCUUCAUGUGAGGAGCCGGAGAGUAGUGUGAAUUACCAAGGGUCAAAUAAUGGGGAGAGUGGUGAGUGGAAUUGGGAGAGUGUGAUGAAGUUUAAUAUUGAGGAGGAGGAUGAUAGUAGUAGGGAGCAUAAUAAAGAGAAUCUCUUGAAUUGGUUGUGUGAAGAUGAUGAUUGGGAAGGGGAUAGUAAGAUGUUGGGAGAGAUAGAUUCUCAGAAACAAAAUGAGUUGAUUGCUUGGUUUCUUUCUUGAAAAAUUAACAGGGUCGACAAGAGUGUUUUUCAUGUACUCUCUGAUCAUUUUAUAAGCAAAGAUUUUCUUUUUAAAUUCAUUGAAUAAUGAAUGUAUCUGAUCUUUUAUGUAGACCAAAUACAUUCAUUACUUAACGAAUUAAAAAAAGAAUUUUUGUUUAUAAUAAUGUCGGAGGAAAUAUGUUUUAUUUUGUUUGUGAGUCUUGUGAUUGGUUUUUUUUAGUGUAGGUUUGUGACAAAUUUGUUAUUGUAGAAUAAAUAAUGAUUCGUUGGUGAGUACAAAAAUAAUAAAAAUGAGUUGUGACUUUUUUGGAUUGUUUAAACGGUGGACUCGUGAGUAUUGCAAUAGUUUAAUUUUGGUAAGUACUUGUUGACAUGAGGGGCUGGUUAGAAGGUCGGUUGAUGUGGAGUUGAAGACUUUACUUUUGUAUGUAUGGGACCAAGGUUGAAUAGCUGGUUGUUAUGGAUGGUUUGUUGUUUACGGGUGGUUGAACUUUCAUGGUGUUUUUCAUAAUUAUGAGAUUCAAUAUUUCAUGCAAAAUGACGAUU